UCCCACGUUUCAAGGGUAUCGUCUCCAUCCUCAGAGCCACAAAAACCCGCAGGUCUCUCUCUUUCUCUCGAGGACAUUUUUUUGGGUAAUUUUCGAAAUAAUAAAAUUUGAGUUGGGGAAGGAAGAAUGUCGUCUGUGGGAACAUCUAAAGGAGUCUUGGAGAUCGCGAAGUUCGGGCUCUAUGUGAGCGUUCCCAUCGUUCUCAUGUACGCCUUCGCUAACAAUACGAAGAAUCUCCAGAGAUUCAUGGGAAACCGUUCUUAUGUAGUGUAUCCUCCAGAGGCGCCAAGGCCUCCAUCACCCGAAGAAAUGAGGGAGAUGGCUCGGGAACUAGCCCGCAAGAAGAACAGCAGCCGGUGAUGUUCUUUUGGAUUGUAAGUGAAUGUUGUAGCUUUGCAGUUGAACUUACCAGUGCCUGUGAGAAAUCAAGUGAUGUGUAUUAUCUAUUAUGCAGAAUGUGAACAUCUCCAAAUUGAUUUCCAAAAUCAAAUAACUUGGUUGGUUUUACUAAUGUAUAUACAUCUGUUUUCUGUCC